UUCUCAGGGAUACCAGGAAGCUGAUGUGCGGGGGGUGUAUUUCCCCCCCCUCCUCCUCUGCAACCUUCCUUUUGGGUAGAUGAACCAGGAAGUAAAGUUUGCACUGCUUGGGAUUCUCCAGCUUUCCUAUUGAGAGGCAAGCAAACAAUCUGAGCAAGAGGUGGAGAGAUCAGAUUAUUACAGGCACAACGGGGAGACCAUGACGACAUUAAUUCACCGGGGGAGGCGUGCGGAUGUUGGCCGGAAUGUUGACAAGCGGACGGAGGGCGAGGAGGACUCGGCGCCAGACCAGUGUUUGGGCGAGGAAGAUCCCAGCGAUUCCAAAGACAUCCGCCUCACCCUGAUGGAGGAGGUGCUGCUCCUGGGCUUGAAAGAUAAAGAGGGCUACACGUCUUUCUGGAACGACUGCAUCUCCUCAGGUCUCCGUGGGGGCAUCCUCAUUGAGCUGGCGAUGAGAGGAAGGAUACAGCUCGAGCCGCAGACUAUGAGGAAAAAACGCCUGCUUGACCGGAAGGUUCUUCUGAAGUCAGAUGCCCCGACCGGAGAUGUGCUCCUGGACGAGACGCUGCGACACCUUAAAGCCACAGAGCCUGCUGAGACCGUGCAAACCUGGAUUGAAUUGCUGACAGGCGAGACCUGGAACCCCUUCAAGUUGCAGUACCAGCUCCGCAAUGUCCGCGAGCGGAUCGCCAAGAACCUUGUGGAGAAGGGGAUCCUGACGACCGAGAAGCAGAACUUCCUCCUCUUCGACAUGACCACCCACCCAGUCACCAACACCACAGAGAAGCAGCGCUUGGUGAAAAAGCUCCAGGAGUGCGUCCUGGACAGAUGGGUCAACGACCCCCACCGCAUGGACAGGCGGACCUUAGCCCUGCUGGUCCUGGCCCACGCUUCCGACGUGCUGGAGAAUGUCUUCACCAGCCUGGUCGACGAGAAAUACGACGUGGCGAUGAACCGGUCCAAGGACCUUCUAGAUAGAGACCCCGAAGUGGAGGCCGCCAAAGCAGGUGGCACUGAGAUGAUUUGGGCUGUGUUGGCGGCCUUCAAUAAGUCCUAAAUUCCUCCCAGUUGGGUGAGGUUGUUCUGAGUGGGUUUUGACCCUCUUCCUCUCUAGGAUUGAACCUUUCGUUCUGUGGAAUCUUCCCAUGCUCCUUAGCAGCGGGCAUUGGUGACUUGCCAUGCCCAACCGCCACCACCACAGUUGUUGGGCAUGGUGGGCGACAUUCUGUUACAGGAAUGCCUAUAUCUUCACCACCUCCUCCUCCUCUUCCUCAGAUUGGGGAUUUGUUAGGUUGAAAGAAUGAGCUGAGAAGUUCGUGCGCCGUUUUCUCCUCCUCCCUGAAACACUUUCUCCCCUCCUCCCUUUCCACCCCCCCCAUGCCGUUAAAAUGAAGGUCUUUGUCUGCUAGCAAUGGAUUGAGCCGUCUGUUUCUUUUAUUUCAACCCCUUUUCCUUUUUGCUGUUUUAGGGAAGAAUGAAUUGCGACGUGCGUUUGGGAUAUUUUUUGUUCUUUUUUUGUGUGUGUAUUUUUUAAUCUUAUCAUUCCAACCUCUGUUCUGCCCGGUCUUGUGUUUUGAUCCAGUUUUUCCUUGUGCUGUUUAUCCUUGUGUUCUGCUGAAAAAGACCAUUACAGCACAAAUCUCUAUGCAAUCUCUUGUGUGUGAUUCCUCCCCCUUUUGAUUCUGAGGGGUUCCAUCCCCUUCCCAAUUGCGUGUCGUGCUUAAGUAUGCAGGGAAUACCCAUAACUGAUGUUCCAUGUGUUCCGGGAUAAUGACAAAUUAAAUGUUGGAUCCAGA